AAAUGCAUAUGCAUAUGCAAUUCAAAAGGCAAAGAAGAGAGAGAAUAUGAGUGGGAUUGGCUGAGAGCGUCCGAAAGUAUUUUCCUCGUCUUCCUCGAUCCACGCUUCUCGCAAGAUCCGAUCGACUCGAUCGACAAUCUCAGCUGCUGUUCGUUCGUGCGUGCGUGCAACCGGAUGUGAGAUCGAUCUCCCGUGCGCUGUGAGACGCGCGUGCGGAGAUCGAUGAGGAAGGAGGAGCUGGACUACGUGCUGAUCCCGCUGGGGAUGGCGCUCAUGGUGGGGUACCACGCAUGGCUGCUCCUCCGCAUCCGCCGCCGCCCGGCGACCACCGUCAUCGGCGUCAACGCCAUCAACCGCCGCAUCUGGGUCCGCCACAUCAUGGAGGAGGCGUCGGGGAAGCACGCGGUGCUGGCGGUGCAGACGAUCCGGAACAACAUCAUGGCGUCGACGCUGCUGGCGUCCACGGCCAUCACGCUCAGCUCCCUCAUCGCCAUCCUCAUGUCCUCCGCCGGCGGCGGCGGCGGCGAUGGGCUCCUCCCGGGCGCGCCGCUGGUGGUGGGCGCCGCGGGCGAGACGGCGCUGUCGGUGAAAUUCUUCGCCAUCCUGGUGUGCUUCCUGGUGGCGUUCCUCCUGAACGUGCAGUCCAUCCGGUACUACAGCCACACCAGCACCCUCGUGAACGUGCCGGUGCGCCUGAUCCAGCGCCGCCGCCGCCCGGGCCUCGCCGUCGACUACGUCACCGCGACGCUCAACCGCGGCAGCUACUUCUGGUCGCUCGGCGCGCGCGCCUUCUACUUCUCCUGCCCGGUCUUCCUCUGGCUCUUCGGGCCCAUCCCCAUGUUCGCCGCCUGCGCCGCCAUGGUCUGCGCGCUCUACUUCCUCGACGUUUGCGACGACUGGGAGGAGGAACACCAAGACCACGACGAGCAGGAUGGAAGCGGGAGUGAUGAGAGAUCAGGAGAAGCGAAGGUCUGAGCCUAUGUGUGUUAGGAUGCUACGUAGAUAAUUUUUUUUUAAAAAAAAGUACUUCCUCCGUUUCAGGUAAUAAGACGUUAAGUCAAAAGUCAAACUAGUUUAAGUUUGACUAAUUUUUUAGAAAAAAAUAAUAGUAUUUUUAACUCAA